UUAUCUGAUUGAUCAAAACAAUUAGUAUAAAGAAUGGCAGUGAGAAAGUAUAGACGAUGUGGUGCCCGUGUAUCACCGCGGAAAAACGAGACGAAGACACAGAAGAUCAUCAACAAGAAACCCGUGGAAUCCAAUGACAAAAGUAAAAAAGCUGCAGUUGUCGCUAAUCUUCAACAAGAAAUUAAGAUAGCGCGAUUAUUGGCUAACAAUGACAAAAAAGUCCGGGACAAGGUGCUAAAAAGACUUAAUAAAUGGCUUACGGUACGAUCACAGAGUUCGUUUGUGUUUACGAAGACAGAUUUCAUGAGUUUAUGGAAAGGUCUUUUUUACUGCAUGUGGAUGUCAGACAAAAUGUUGAUCCAGGAGGAGUUGGCAGAGUCACUGAGCAAGCUUGUGCAUUGCUUGAAAUCGAAAGAUACAAUUAUACUUUACACUAGCUGUGCCCUACAGACGCUUGCUGCUGAAUGGUUUGGCAUAGAUCAGUAUAGACUAGACAAAUUCUCCAUGUUGGUCAGGAGGAUUCUUCGUCAAACGUUUGUAGUUUGUAAAAAUCACUUGUGGAACAUGGAAUGGGUGACAGAAUUUUCGAAAAUAUUUACGCAACUCUUUUUGCAUGUAAAAACCGGCUUAGGAUUUAAUUUGCAUAUAACAGAGAUAUAUCUAGAAGAGCUUGCCAAGGUUGGUAAUGGAAAUCUACAAGAAGAUGUAGUUCACGAACUUGUUAAACCCUUUGCUGAAUAUCUAAUAACUACAAGUGACGAACGACAGAUGAAACAUAUCAUGCGACAUAUUUUCAGAUAUUUGAUAUUCCAAUCAGAUAUUGGUUUAGAUUACAUAGAAAAAUUCAAUGCUUGGAAAGACGCUGGUUUUCCCUGUGCACGUAUAGAUGAUAUGCAAAAAGUAGAAAUAUCUGACAUAGAAGAAAAUGCUAACACUGAAGAUAAACAAUUUUCUGAAGCUGAGCCAGAAAAUGAGAUUGAGAAACCUUUAGAUCCAAGGGCGGGUAAAGUGGAUAUCGAACUACCGCCAAUACCUUUUAAUGCCGCGAAGAUUGCUGAAUUGCUUUCAACGUAUAAAUUUCAUCAGUCAUCAACGGCAAAAUCACGCAGGCAGCUCUUGAGACUUUUUGACGAAUUUACAGAAUUAUCACAAGGAAAAAUGCCGCUUGGAAUAAAAAGAAUCAGGAAACCAAAUCGUCAGAGAAAAGAGAUGGAUUCGCGAAAAGCUGCAUUGCGCUUCAUCAAGUUUGAGAAGGAUUUGGUUUCUGACAAUGUGAAUAAGAAACGAAAAAGAGAAGGAACUGGAAAAGCAGUUUGUGAUGAAACUUCUAUUGAUGAUCUGAAGAAUGGAAAUACUUUAGAUUUAGAAACUAAUGCUAUUAAACCAGAAAAUAAAUUAACUGAUACAACUGCAAAGAUUGAGUUGCAAGAGGUAGAUACAAACGCAGUACCAUUUAAGAAACGGAAAAGAAGUGAUUCAACUUCUGAUGUAUCUAGCACUAAAUCUGAUAUUACUGAAAAUAAGAAAAAAUUACAAAUAGAUACUUCCAAAAAGAGUAAAGCUAUAAAAAAGAAAUUAAACAAAAAAAGUAAGAAAUCUAUAGAUAAAAAUGUAGAACAUAAAGCAAAGAAAGCAGUAAUUUCUGUAGGACAAAUAACUAGAACUAGUGAUUUAGAUCAACAUCCUUCUAUCUCGCAAAAAUCUAACAAAAAAGUUCCAUUAAAAGAAACUAACAACAAACCUGUAACCAAGAAAGGAAGUGAAAUGAAAAGCAAGAUUACGAGUCAAAAAAUACCAUUAAAAAAUAAAUUACAUCUGAUAAAGAAGCAAACUAAUUUAAAUAAUUCCACGACAGAAAAGAAAAAGGUAAUAUUCGGACUCUCUCGAAAUACAGCCCAACAUACAUCCGAGUAUAUUCGACAAGUUCGCAAAAGUCCGGCUAUUCCAUUUGAUGCAAAUAAAAAACCAUUGAACAGCGUGCUGAAAAUGAAUCCUAUACAAAGUCCGCUUAAUCCGUUUUACUACAAAGAAUAACACGAGAUUUCA